AGAAGAAAACAAAAGUAACCCACUUCCAUAACCAAUUAAUCAAUCACCCCAUCAUGAAUUUGUAAAACCCAUUAUUCAUCCCUACCAAAACCAAAUUCCACCAUGAAUGGCCAUCCAUUAUUAAGAAGAAGAAAAGGAAAAAGCAGUUUCAGCCAUGGCUUCUCUGCUUCACAAAUCCAUACAUUAUCUUCCUUUUGUGAAGCUUUUCUUCCUUCUAUCCCUUCUUCUUCUUCUCCAACUUCCCUUUUUUCCUUCUUCCAAUCCUCUGCCUCUAAACCUCCCAUCCCAGAUGAGGUGGCAGAAAAGAUAGCCAAGAGAGGAAUAACAGAAGCAGUAAUUUUAUUAAAAGUGGUGCUGACAUUGCUAUCAACCAGAUUAGGGACACUUUUGCUUUGUGGGUGGUUGUGCUUGGAAUGGAGAUGGCCUUUUAUUCACAAAUUUACUGAAAUAAGUUUGGAAAAGAGGGAGAAAUUGCUGCAAAGAUGGUCUAGAGAAAGCUAUUGGACUUCAUUAAGAGUUGUCUUUCUUUUCAUCAAAGUUGCAUCUUGCUUCAUUUUCUUCUCUAGGAUCGAUGAUAAUGACGGAAAUCCUGCAUGGGAAGCUAUUGGUUAUACCGUGGACUCAAGAGAACCAUCGGUGAACUCCAAAGAACAAAGACCGCUUCAAAAGGGUAUAAUUGAGUGUAACGAGGUUAAUGACUCGUCUUUAAUCCAAGCUCUUAAAGAUAAAGGCCUUGAAGUUGCACCGGAUUAUAAUCAGGGAAUCGUGAAGAUACAAUGUGAUGUCGUGAUCGUAGGUUCUGGUUGUGGAGGAGGAGUUGCGGCCGCAAUUCUUGCAAGUCAUGGUCACAAAGUAGUAGUCCUUGAAAAAGGGAACUACUUUACUCGAGGUGAUUUCUCGUCUUUGGAAGGACCUUCGUUGGAUGAAUUAUACAUGUCGGGAGGAAUGCUCACAACGCUCGAUGGGAAAAUGAUCAUCUUUUCGGGUUCAACUGUUGGAGGAGGAUCAGCGGUAAACUGGUCAGCAAGCAUUAGAACACCAGAUUACGUCCUCAAAGAAUGGUCGGUGAAUCAUAAGUUACCUAUAUUUGAUCGGCCUGAUUACAUUUCAGCGAUGAAUGAGGUAUGGCAGAGGUUAGGAGUCACGGAGGAAUGUACCGAAGAAGGGUUUCAGAAUCAAGUUCUACGGAAAGGGUGUGAAGGUCUUGGAUUAAAAGUCGAGAAAGUACCGAGGAAUUCAUCCAAGGAUCAUUAUUGUGGCUCGUGCGGUUAUGGUUGUCGAAUGGGAGAUAAGAAAGGAACAGAUUCUACUUGGCUUGUAGAUGCAGUUAGUAAAGGGGCAGUAAUUUUGACAGGAUGUAAAGCUGACAAGUUCAUACUGAAAGAUAACAAAAAUGGCAAGCGAAACAAGAAAUGCAUCGGUGUCCUAGCAACUUUACUCGGCAAACAUGUAACAAAGAAGCUUCAAAUCGAUGCCAAAAUCUCGAUUUCAGCUUGCGGGUCUCUAUCGACACCCCCUCUUUUGAUCUCUAGCGGACUACAGAACCAAAACAUUGGCACAAACCUUCAUCUGCAUCCUUGUCUGUUUGCCUGGGGUUACUUCCCGGAAUCUACAUCUAGUAUUAAAGGAAAAUGCUAUGAAGGAGGAAUUAUUACUUCACUUCAUAAGGUAGUUUCUGAGCAAAGCAACAUACAUGCUAUCAUAGAGGCCUCAUCACUAGGUCCCGCCUCAUUCGCUAGCAUAGUACCAUGGCUCUCGGGGCGUGACUUUAAGGAGAGGAUGUUGAAGUACGGAAGAACUGCUACACUCUUCUCAUUAGUUAGAGACCGGAGUUCAGGAGAAGUUAAAAAGGAAGGCAGAAUUAGGUAUCGGUUAAACGUCUAUGACAAGGAAAAUCUGAAACUUGGGUUAAGACAGUGUCUGAGGAUUCUGAUAGCUGCAGGUGCUACUGAAGUAGGAACAUAUAGGAAUGAUGGGCAGAAGUUAAAAUGUAAAGGGGUGACAGCGGAGGAAAUAGAUGAGUUUUUGGACUCGGUUGAUGCACCUGGGGGUGCGAGAUCAAGAACGGAACAGUGGACGGUAUAUGGGUGUGCACAUCAGAUGGGUAGCUGCAGAAUGGGGGUGUCGGAAGAGGAAGGGGCAGUGGAUGAAAACGGAGAAAGUUGGGAAGCCAAGGGAUUAUAUGUAUGCGAUGGAAGUGUUCUGCCUACGGCUUUAGGAGUUAAUCCUAUGAUUACGGUUGAAUCUAUCGCUUAUUGCAUUUCUAAAAGAAUCGCACAAAUUCUUAAAAAAGGAAAUGAUAUGAGCAAAGAUUAGUGAAGUUUUUGUCGUUGAUUCUAGUUUAUUUAUUGAUGAAAGAACCAUCUAUCUAUGCCAUCGUGUAUAUUUUUUAGUCAUCGGGUUUCAUUGAAGAUCAUUGUUUAUAA